AUGGAAUCUAAACAGAAAGAUAACGCCGUAACCUAUGACGAUGUAGUUUUCAGAAAGGACACUCCACAGGCAAAGCCAAACGUGGAAACACUGCCGUAUAAAGAUUCUGAUACAGUGAAGCAUAACCCAUUAUUCUCUAUCCCAUCUGCCAUCGCUGUUGCUUCGCUCUUAACAGCCCUUGCCACUUUGGUUUUAGCUGUGGCAAUCAUGACGGCACGGAGCGAGGCUUCGACAGGUAAGGCUACCAUUGCUCCUUCCUGUUGUAAGUAAACACUCGUAGGUCUUGAUUCAUCGAAAUUAUAAAAGUGGCAUUAGUCAAACGCGUACGACACGAUAAAGUAAACAAUACUUUACUUCGGUCUCGACCAUUUAAUAUCCUGUCCGAAGAGAAAAUUAGCGAAAUUUCCGUUUCGAUAUGAUUUGAGUAUUGUUAUUAUUAAGAUUCCACGAAAUUGGGUCAACAAAAGCCACGUUCUUUUUUUAGUUAAAAGCCCCAUUUAUCAACCAACUACCAUCGCAUAAAAAUUUUCAUCUCCAAGUUAAAAAAUUACUUCUUGAAGAAUUUCGUACAAAGUUUGAAAUGCUUGACCUUUGUUUACUAGAGCUUUCUCCGCACUGAUGAUUAGUAUAGGAUUUAAAGUCUAAGAAAAUGACAUUGCUUACAAGGGGCAAUCUGUCUAUCAUGGUACUUAGUCGUAAUCAUGAACAACAUGGGUAAUUCUAUGAUGAUUUGAUAUUUAGAUGAGGCUAAGUUGUGACAACUAAGCGUUGAAAAACAUAUUUCUUUAACAGUUAAUUGGUUUGCUCUCACACAACUCCGAUCCGCGAGUGUGGCACAUCAAGCAUAUUGCUGUAAAAAAAGAUUAAUUAUUCUUAAUCAAAACGCCAAUUCAAAAAGAGAAAAAUAAGUAACUGAAAAACCUAUCACUCUUGGAUUGAUAAAUCACAUGUAUGGGAUUGUGAUCAAUGGCCUUAUUUGUUGCUAUCUCAAACAUGCGAGGAUUGAAAGCGAAACAAAGAAAAUGUUCGACAAAUAGUCAUGAGAUUUAUUUGUAUAAAAUGCAGGUAUAUAAUAAAUCAAACCCUCUGCGUUGAAUCAUUUUUCUUCUUUUUCCAUUUACAAGUAUUAAACUAUUUACUCUGCCAGAUAAGUCGCAGAUCGAAAAGAAGGUUCAGGAGUUGGAGAGGAUCCUCUUGGCUCUACAAAAAAAUUCGGUAAGAGCAAUUUUGUGUUUGUGUUCGUUUUUUUGUUUGUUUUUUCAUUAAUCGCAGUGAUCGAAUAAAUACAAAAGCUCUCAGAUGUAUUGUAAUGCCUCUUAAAACUAAAUUAGUGGUUAUUCUCUCCUGAAACCAACAAUGAUUCACCGCGAAAAAAAGACCGAGUCAGCGAUGUUUCCUUUGAUCAUCGAUAAAAACUUUUACGUAUUUAAGACUUCGUAAGGGCGGUCCAGUCGACUUGGCUUGAGAUACAAACUACCUCCUUCUGUGUUCUAAGAUAUCUCAUGUCCUUCUAGUGAAGCCACAACCCGCCUGAUCGGAUCUUUUUCUUUUUCUCGAGUAUAGCGGUAGUCAAUUUUUGAUCGAGCGAAAGCUUAUCGAGACGAUGCUAAGAAUUUAAAUAUUAUCACUUUGUCGGUUGGUGUGUUUUAGCACGCUGAAAUAAACAAAUGAAAGCAGCCAAUUAAAAUCGAGAAGCCAUUGCUAUGUUCGCAACGCUUUUUUGCCGCGUUCGUGAAAGAAAUCAAAGUAUUUUUACGCUAUUGAAAAUAUACAAAGCAUAAAAACUAAAAAAGCUUUGGUAAAGGAUAGCUCAGCCGCCAGAAAAGUGCUUUUUCGGACAAUAAUAACGUAUGUUAAAAACGCCGUAAGUUCUGUGGCCGGUGGUAAAGUGCUGGUGAUGACUUCAAGCCAAACGCAUUCAGUGCGAACAAUAAUGCCAAACUCUCAGUUUAGAAAUUGUACUGUUAAUUUCAAAAGAUUUAUAGAAUUUUCCUUUCGAAUUUUUGAAAACUCAGAUGACCAGACUUUGUAAUUUCACGCAAGUUUCGCUGGAUGGUGUAUUUACCUUGGGGGAAAUAAAAGCCAUUUAAGUUGUAGACGUUUGCCUAAUUGUUAAAAUCCUAUUGUUGACACUCCACAGUGAUGUAAUAGUAAUAUGUAUAAUUUUAAAAAAAUUAAAAAGAAAGGUGCAAAAAAGUCUGGGUCGGGUCCAAAACAAUAUUUUUGCAAAUAAUUUUUUUUUUUGAGCGCAAAAGUUUAAAGAAAUAUUUAGAAAAAAACAAACUUUAUCUUAAGCAUUUCAAACUCAACCCAAGUGCAGACUUAAACUUCUUUUAUUAAUAUAGAUUCUUAAGAGACUAAGAGUUUCUUACAAUAUCUAAGUUUUGUUUGGAUCUAAAGAAAUGCGGGAGAGAGGGAUUUUGCAUAAUAAAUAAUCUGAUCCAGAAAUGCGGAAGUGAGAAAUUUGGCAUUAAUGCGCUUGAAAAGGGGAAACGAGUGCACCUUAAUGCAUCAAGAUGGUAAACAAGCACGUCGUAUUAUCGAUAAAAUCCAUUCAUACUAUGGAGGUUUCGAAUUAAGUUGUUGAAAAGUUCUGGAUUUCUUAGUACAAUAACAUUACUGGCAAUCAAAUUCUAAGAAAUUGUAAACGACACCAUUUUAAAUUGAGAAAAAUCAUUAUUCAUUUUGUAUCGAUCUGAAGAAACAAGGAAAGAGAGACUUAAUAAAACUACACACUAGCAAGGAAAACGUAUUUACCCCAAUCCAGCCUAACAUGGUAAAAAAGCGCAUGGUAAGUAAAUAUAACUUACCUUAUACCAUUAAACUUUUCUGGGAGUAAUAUAAGUAGAGUAAUGUAAGUUUAGUUCUGUACAAAUUUUUCUUGAAUUAAUGUUGAUUAAAUUAAAAUAAAUAAAUAAAUAAAUAUAACUUCCCCCAUACCAUGAAACUUUUCUGGGAUGUCCUAGUUCUCUAACACAACAACCAAUCAGAAAAUUCGAUCCAGACACCCAAAGAAUACGUUUUAAAAGCUAUCGAAACGUCAACAAUAUAUUCAUUGAGUUGAAAUGUUAUGGUUGAAGAGAAAGUAAGAAUUAAAUGACAUUUUUCUCUUCUUCUACGAUGCUAUUAUUAAGUUUUUCUACCACUGUUAUCCUGAUCAUCAUGACCAUCAUUGUUAUUGUUACAAUGCGAAUCAUUGCAGUUGUCCGGACCUCCCGGACCUCCAGGAUAUAAUGGUACUCAGGGCCCUGCAGGAUCAUCAGGAUUACCUGGUGUUCGGGGCCUUCGUGGACCAUCUGGGUUCAAUGGUACCCAGGGCCCAUCCGGUUCCUGUGUUUUUAAGACUUUAACCAGCACUGGUAUGGCAGCAAACUCAAUCGCCCAACAAGAAACUACAGCGACGGAACUCAAGGUAAGUUGA